UGAAGACCAUGACCAUCUCAAUGUCGAAUCAGACUACUGUCACUGAAUUUAUCCUCCUCGGUUUCCCAGGUCUACAUCCAAAUUUCUUCCUUCCAGUUUCACUUACAAUAUUUCUUGCCUACAUUGUUUCACUGAUUGCAAAUAGCACAGUCAUCAUAUUAAUUAUUCUGAGGGAACAACUCCACCACCCCAUGUAUAUUAUUAUUGCCAACCUCGCUCUCUCUGACCUUCUCUUUGACACAAUAACAUUACCUAAAAUCAUUGGCAAAUAUUGGUUUGGAGCAGGGUCUAUAACAUUCUACGGUUGCUUCUUCCAGCUCUUCUGUGUCCAUUCCCUUGGAAGCCUUGACUCCUUCAUCAUUAUGCUGAUGGCUAUUGAUCAUUAUGUUGCUAUUUGCAAACCUCUCAGAUAUCACUCCAUUAUCACCAAUAAACUGGUGACUCUCCUCUGCUACAUGUUAUUGCCCUUUGCUGCCCUAUUUGGAUUAGCUAUGACUUUAAUCGCGGUUCAGCUUCCUUACUGUGGACCAAACAGGGUCAACAACUGUUUCUGUGCCAGCCAAUUUGUAAUAAUUUUGGCGUGUUCUGAUGUUACCUUGGAAAAAAGAAACCGUUUUAUAACUGGCAUGUGUGUGCACCUCUUCCUAUUGGCUGUUAUUAUUCUCUCAUAUAUUCUUAUAAUCAGGGCUGUGCACUUAUCAGCCAAUAAUGGAAACCAGCAGAAGGCAUUUUAUACCUGUACCACUCAUUUAAUUGUCAUUGGCUUGUACUUUAUUCCCAGGUUGUUUGCAUAUUGUACAAGUCAAAUCCCCUUAAUUCUUGAUCCUGACUUAAAUGUUCUAAUUGUUUUUCUGUACACUUUUAUUCCCCAUUUAGCCAACCCCAUUAUUUUUUGUCUUCAAACAAAAGAAAUUUGAAAUAUUUUGGGUCAAAUGUUCAAUAGCAAGAGCCCCAGAUUUGAGCACAGGUCUAGAACUCAAGUGAAAGUCAUUAAAUUCAGUUGU